AUGGUGGAAACAACACCGAUAGCAGGGCCAUCGAUACCCCGCUCACUCCUUCUCAGCGGCAGCCAAUCCAAAAACCAAACUCUGAUCACCAACAACCCUGCACCGACGACGACGGGCACGCAGUCUAAGAAACUCGAACAGACUAACCACCAACUCCAGUCUGACCACAACAGCAAGCCCAGUUCUCCACCCAUCAACCACCUCGUUCGGAUUCGUCUGGCCGACCAUCUACUCGCUGCACCCGGCGUCUCGUUCGCUCGAUCCCUCUCGGCCUACUCUUCAGCCUAUGGGACCAUCAGAACCUCAUCCCCGAUCAUCCGCAAGAACCCCAAACGCUCAUCUUCCUCAUCCUCAAGCUCACCGCCCCCUUCCCAACAAGACUCACUACCCACCUCCUCAAACCACCCACAAGCCACCCCUCAGUCUCCAACUCACUCUCGAUCAAAAUCACUCUCCAGCUCCACCGAAACCCCACCCACUCUGCCACAAGAACAUCCAGCUCAACUCUCAGCCGACUCCCAUCCGCCGAAUCCUCAUCAGUCCCACUCAACCCCCACACCGUCCAUCACCCCAACACAGCCCCCCUCUUCUGCUCAGGUCGACCCAUCACCUAGUCUAACCACUCCUUCUCCUCAACCACCCCCGUCCAAUAAACCCAAAUCUUGGGCCGAUCUCCUACGCCGUCCCGAAAGCUCGGCAAAACCUACAAACUCGAAGAACACCCCCUCCAACUCAUCUCGUCCAUCGCCCAACUCGAGAGCAAUCGGGACCUCAGCCGAAAUUAUUAAACCAGUCGAUCUCAAUCAACCCUUACCUCUGUCCCAAAAAUUGGCUCUCCUCAGAGUCACCAAUCAGCCGUACCAUUUGAUCCCCCGAGGACUCGUCAACAACGGCAAUAUCUGUUUUGCCAAUGCCAUCUUGCAAGUCCUUGUUCACUGCCCACCUUUCUUCAGCCUUCUCAAUCACAUCGGACGAAUCGUUGCACACGACUUCAAGUCUCAAACCCCUCUACUCGAUGCCAUGAUCGCCUUUCUUCACGAAUUUCAAACAGUCGAACCAACAGAUCUACAACCGAUACUGGACUCGACCGGCCAACUCCAAAAAUACCAGCUUCCCGCUUCUUCAGCCACCCAUCUCCGUCAAGGCGAUCCGUUCAUAGCGGAAUCAGUCUGGAUGGCAACCAAAGAUAAUUCUCGGUUCGAUGCGAUGAGACGUGGUCAACAAGAAGAUGCCCAAGAGUUCUUGUGCUUUUUCCUCGAUUCAAUACACGAAGAACUCCUGUUCUUAACUAGCAAGCACGAUUCCACGAUCCGGUCCAAACUACAAAAAUCCAAAACAAAAACCUCCGAUCCGUUGCCCCAUCUGAGUACGAAUGAGGCCUUGAACUCGGGGGAGUGGCUCGAGGUUGGAGCAAAAGGCCAAGCUGCGGUAACAAGAUCAAUGGACGCAUGUCCUUCCCCACUUACCGAACUAUUUGACCUCAAGACUCGCUCGGUCCUUCAUCGCUCUGGUCAAAAGGAUUCGGUGACGUUCGAACCGACGAAUAUGCUGCAACUCUCGAUCGAACAUCCCUCGAUCACCACGAUCGAGCAAGCAUUGGCCCAUUUCUCGUCGCCCGAGGUGAUUUCAGAUAUGAUAUCCAAGAACGGCCAACGGGUCUCUGCCACCAAGCAAGUUUACAUCGAGAGCUUUCCGCCCGUCUUAGUCUUACACCUCAAGCGAUUCAAUUACAACAACAAGGAUGGAACGGUGCACAAGAGUAAUAAGCAGAUUCGCUUUGGCACCGAGUUGAAAAUCCCUCAGCUCGUCAUGCCGCCCGCUCAACGAGGCUCACAAAAUAGCCAAGAUGGCCAUGUCAACUUCAAGCUCUUCGCAGUUGUCUAUCAUCACGGGCCCCACGCUUCAGGAGGACACUAUACAGUACUGAUUCGUCAGCCAGUGAUCGAUCAUUGGAUUUAUAUCGAUGACACUCAGAUCACGUCGAUCGCCAAUCCCAACAUCAUGCUGAGUUCUACGGGCGAAAGUGGAAUGGACAGCCACAUCCACUCUUCAUCAUCGUCUACCAUCGGAUCGACCGAUCAGGCCAAUCAGGGCCCAGACGGCGCCCGCUCCUCGGGUGCUAAUGGCCACCAGAAUCACAUCAAUGGUAGCAGCAAUGGCGCUGGGAAGGGCAAUCAAAACAUCAAGACUCCUUAUUUGUUAUUCUACACCCGUGGAUAA